AUGCCGGUUCCAACGGCGACUACAACAUCAAGCACCUCCACCACCACCUUACCACCUCAACCGCGCCCAACGGCCAUGUUCAAAUUCACCAACUGCCAGACGCUCCUCCCAGAUGGCAGCCUGCCCGCGGAUAUCACCACCUACUCGCUCCACGUCGACCCGGAGACCGGCAAGAUCGUCGAUGGCCAAUCGGCAUUCUUCGACGCGGCAACCGCGUUUACCGAGUCGAUUGACCUGGACGGCGAUUUUCUGGUGCCCGGCUUUAUCGACGUGCAGAUCAACGGCGGGUACGGUGUUGACUUUAGCGAGUUUGAGGAUGGCGAUGAAGCGGGGUAUUUGAGCAGGCUGGAUGAGUUUGCGCAGAGGAUCCUGGAGACUGGGGUGACGAGUUUUGUGCCGACCAUCAUUACGCAGAAGAGCGAAGCGUACCGCAAGAUUCUGCCGCUGCUGGCACCGAGGAGUCGCCCGAACCAGGCCACGUCGUUGGGGUGGCAUUGCGAGGGCCCGUUCCUGUCGCCGCACAAGAAGGGUGCACACUGCUCGUCGCUGAUCCGCACGGCGUCGGCGGGGGUGGCGUCGCUAGAGGAGGUGUACGGCACGGGAAGUUCUGGGCUGGAUAUGCCGAGUCCUGCGGUGAAGCUUCUUACGCUCGCGCCCGAGGUCGAGGGGAUCCUCCCGGCGAUUCCCUCGCUCGUCUCGCGCGGGGUCACCGUGUCCAUCGGCCACACGGCGAGCGACAUCGACACGGCACUCGCAGCAAAAGAAGCGGGCGCGCGCUUCAUCACCCAUCUCUUCAACGCCAUGGGCUCGUUCAACCACCGCGACCCAGGCGUCAUCGGUCUGCUGGGCGACAGCGAGACCGACCUGCAACCCAUCACUAGCCCUACCAAGGGCGCUGGUGAGACGACGCUGACGGGCGGCGCCCUCAAGCCGCGCAAGCCUCGUCCGUUUUACGGGCUGAUUGCGGACGGAUUCCACUCGCACCCGUGCAGCGUGCGCAUGGCCUAUUCGGCACACCCGGCUGGCUGCGUGCUCGUGUCAGAUGCAAUGCCCUGGAUGGACCCCAACAAGCCCGACGGCACCUACCCCUGGCGCGACAACCAAAACGUCACCAAACACGGAAACAAAGUCACGCUGCAGCAUACAGACACGCUCGCAGGCAGCGUCGUGCCCAUCUCGGACUGCGUCACCAACCUGGCGCGCUACGCCUCGAUCCCCAUCCACACCGCUGCGUUCUGUGCCAGCAGCAACCCCGCCAAGAUGCUCGGCAUCGACGCGAGCAAGGGCUUCUUGCGGAGUGGGUGCGAUGCCGAUCUGGUGGUCUUGUGCAAGAGCACGGGCAGGGUCAAGCAGACCUGGGUCGCCGGUAGACUGGUUUGGCAGAGAUCGUGA